GCAGCGCAGGAAAGCCAACAUACUUGAACGACCUAGAGAGAAUAACGUUCGAGAGUAACUUAAGUGCAUCCUUCUACAUUCCUCAAAUAUCGCGGUCGUAAAACCGGUGAUACCAGCUACUCGAAAGUCGAAAACCGAUCGGAGGAGCGCGUGUUUACUUGGCGAUCACGCACGUUCGAUAAGAGAGAGGUACACUUCCGGCGGCAUGUGCAGCCAGCAGCGUGUGGCCGUGCCGUGUGCUGUGCAGUGCAGUCAGCAGUAUGCGAAAGGUAAACAAUAGGAUUGGUGACGCCGACGAGUGACGUGCAACGAGAGACGUGCAGGGGAGACGAUCGAGACGACCGAAAGGAGAGACCGGAGAUUUCGAUUCUUCGGCGAAGAGUUGUCUUUCCAACGACGGCUAUCGAGGGACAAUCGUGGAAAUACGGCGAGUCUUCGACAGCGGUAGAAGACCUAACCUCGUUUCGUCGCCACGCUUUCCGAGUAUGAGCCAGACCUCAAGGAUAAUCGUUGGAACGGUGCCGCGAGGAUGAGAGCUGCCGACCUGCCUCUCGUUCCAGGGACGUACAAACGCGAGGGACGAGUGCUGUCGAUCGAGCGCCGAUCCGCACGUGGUCGGUGAUCGGUGUCAGCGCGGCAUGGCCAGCACGAGCGAGGAAGGAAGAAUGUGCGACAAGUGUGUCAUCGGUUACUGGGUGCCCGAGAGAAAACGGCAGAAAUUCAAUUGGACUGAUUUCGAGAACAUAUGCGUGUCCGAGGGGUUUCGAUUGAAAAUGAUCAAUGUGAAUUUAAGCUUUGAGAAGCAGGGACCAUUACACGUUUUCUUACACAAGCUGACAGAUAUGCAGUCACAUGCAGAGAGUGGUGAUAAAAAUGCUGAAGAUAUUGUUUCGCGACUUCAGGAGUACAUUGCCAAACAUCCAGAUCUGAUCAUUAUUGAUCCUCUGGACAAUAUUAGGAACUUAAGUAAUCGAUGUAAAUCUUACGAAUUUAUACAAGAAGGCAUUCGGUUUAAAGAUGUAUUUACUCCUAACUUUGUAGAAAUCAAGAGCAGAAAUGUCCAUGAAAUUGCAUCAACGUUAAAAAAGCGUGGUAUUAAAUAUCCAUUUGUUUGUAAGCCGCUUCUUGCAUAUGGCUCAAGCGACGCGCACAAGAUGAUGAUUAUCUUUAAUGAAAGGGACUUGAAAGACUGUCAACUACCUUGUGUCGCUCAGGAUUUCAUUAAUCACAACGCUAUUUUAUAUAAAUUAUUUGUUGUGGGCGAUCGUUUUCACGUGGUCGAGCGCCCUAGCUUUAAAAAUUUUUACGAAGAAGACUGUAUUUCGUCGAGUACAAUAUUCUUCAACUCGCACGAUAUAUCGAAAAGCUGUAGUAGAUCUAAGUGGUCUAUAUUGUCCGAAGAAGACAUUCCUUUAACUGUGAAACCAAAUAAUCAAAUAUUCGAAACAAUUGUUAAGAAUAUUCGAGAGAUAUUUGGUCUUAUUCUAGUUGGAAUAGAUGUUGUAAUUGAAAAUCAUACUGGGAAGUACGCGAUAAUAGAUGUUAAUGUGUUUCCUGGAUACGACGGCUACCCGAAUUUUUUCGAACAUUUAAUAGAUAGUAUCAAAAAGUUGUUGGUAGAGCGAGAAAGUAUCAGGCAAAACUCUAAGGGUUGUACAUUGAAAAAGUGUCAGAGCGAUGAUCUAGACUCUGGCUUUGAGAGUGACGAGAAGAAGAAAUAUUCUACAAAAUGAAUAUGUAACAUGUGAUGGAUAAUGUUAAUUUUAGAAUAAGCUAUAUUAGUAUUAAUCGCGGCGGUAGUAUCAGUAUCGGCAUUAUUUUGUAUUCGUCUAUACAUUUUUCUAACAAAAUUCGGUUACAACUUCUCUCUCUUACAACUUCAUACGGUUUAAUUCUGCCAGAUAUAAUAAUUUUUUGAUAUUAAGUUUUGUAUUGUAUUUUUAAAUUACGCUUGGCGCAUUGCUUAUUUCGUAGACACGUACGAAAUAUGAAAAUUUGAAUUGUUCGUGAAUUUGAGUCCUAUAUUUUGUAACAAAUCCUACAGUACAACAUGACUAUGACUGCCAGAGAAGAUAUUUUGUACAUUUUAUGUGUAUACAAUUUUGCAUUUCUGCGACGAGAUGUUAUAAAUGCCUGUGAGUUCCCAAGUAGAACAUAGAAGUCAUGAGGACAUCAUCAUGACCUCAUUCGUCACUUAUAAGUCAAUUUUUAGGUAUUAAAUGAUGUCCUGAUGACGUUCUGUGAUACCAUUAUGACUUAAUUAUGAUUUCGUGUUCUACCUGGGUUGUUGAAGAUAUUAAAUACAUAUGUAUAAUGAAGUAUGCGGCGCGGUAUAAAAUAUACGAAUAUAGAAACAAUUAAAAUGAUUGCGACUGAGUAGAAUACCUCCAAUGUUUAAGGGUGAUUAAAUUAAUGGUUGUUAUUUUUUAAUCGAUAAGAGAAUAAGAAUACGACCGAUAUAUAUGAAUAUAUCACAUAAGUAUAUAAAGAUCCGCCAAAUAUGGUCAAAGCUAGAUAUUAUAGAAUAAUAAUUGAAUAUAAAUUCCUAAAUACAUUUAUUUCAGUCAGACUGUGCGCCGCGUACUGUCAGCCGUACAACAUAAUCAUUGAAUUGAAAUAAUCUUUACAAAUUAAUUUUUGAUCGUCGAUUUGAUGCUAUUAGCACACUUCAAAUUCUAUAAAGAACCUAUUACGAAAAAUACUACCUCAGUCAGGAAUCGAAUCUGAGACUUCCCUACUUUCUAGGCGGGUAUCUUAUUGUUUGAUGUUUUUUUUUUAUAAAUGUAUAAAUCUUGUUAAUAGAAAAUAUUGCAACUGUUUAUUCUGUCGCAAUUAUACUGAUUGAUUCUAUGUGAACAUC